AUGGAAUUUAACAUGAGCUCUGCAUCUCCCCUUUCUUCUCUCUCCCCCUCCACUCUCCCUGCCUCCCUCCCUCCCUCUCCCUCCUUCUCUCCCUCUGCCUUCACCACUGCCUUGGGGUCACCUGGAGAGGCCUCAGCUCCCUGCCGCCCGGCCUCCUCCCCCACGGUGUCUGCCCUCCUGGCGCCAGUCCUGGGCAUGGAGUUUGUCCUGGGCCUUGUGGGGAACGGCUUGGCCUUCUUCAUCUUCUGCUUCCACAUGCGGCCCUGGACGUCCAGCACAGUCUUCCUGGUCAGCCUGGUGGUGGCGGACUUUCUCCUAAUCAUCAACCUGCCCCUGCGCGUGGACUACUACUUCCGCCAGGAGACCUGGCGCUUCGGAGGUGCUGCCUGCAAAGUCAACCUCUUCAUGAUGUCCACCAACCGCUCGGCCAGCGUGGUCUUCCUCACGGCCAUCGCGCUCAACCGCUACCUGAAGGUGGUGCGGCCCCACCACGCGCUGAGCAGGGCCUCGGUGGGGGCAGCCGCCCAGGUGGCCGGGGGGCUCUGGGGGGGCCUCCUGCUCCUCAACGGGCACCUGCUCCUGACCGCCUACUCCGGCCACUCCUGCCUCAGUUACCAGCUGGGCACGCGCCCCUCGGCCUCACUCCGCUGGCACCAGGCGCUGUUUCUGCUGGAGUUCUUCCUGCCGCUGGCGCUCAUCCUCUUCGCCAUCGUGAGCAUGGCGCUCAGCCUCCGGCGCCGCGGCCUGGACAGGCAGGCGGGCCCGCGCAGGGCCAUGCGCGUGCUGGCCGCGGUGGUGGCCGUCUACACCGUUUGCUUCCUGCCCAGCGUCAUCUUCGGCGGUGCUUCCAUCGUGGCCUUCCGCCUGCGGGCCUGCCCCACCCUCAACGUCUGCACGCAGCUCUUCCACGGCUCCCUGGCCUUCACCUACCUCAACAGUGUCCUGGACCCCGUGCUCUACUGCUUCUCCAGCCCCAAAUUCCUCCGCCAGGGCCGGGCUCUGCUGGGCCUCACCCAGGGCUCGCAGGGUCCAGCCAGGGAUGAGAGCUCCUACCAGCUCUCUGCACGCCGAUGGGUGUCCUCUAAGAAGGCAGAGGCCACGGGGAGGCUGAAGGCGGAGGUCUCGCUGGAAAUCUCGGAGGAGGACUGACCAGGAAGGCCCCUCCCCGGACUGGGGGUCUGUGGCCGUGCCGCAGGAGCGAGGACAGGCAGGCUCUGGGCGGGAGGGACAAGGUCACUCCCUGGUCUAUUGCCAGCACAGGGCCCCUCAGCCAACUGGACAAGGGACAUCUGCAGGAGCCAGGUGGGUGGCAGGAAGAGAAAAGGGUCUUGGUUUGGAGUAGUGUGCCAGGGAUGAUGUCCCCACAGCGCAGAGCACGACGGCAGGAGGAGACAGGCAGGGGCUUUGGGAGCUCCAGCUGCCCAGUUCCCAGCCAGAGCCUGAUAACUGAGAGCAGAAGUCUUGCUUAACCGGAAAGCUGCGUUUUCUGUGAUCUUGCUUUUCUCUCUCAAUACUAGUAAAGUUCCUUUUGAAAAUGCAA